AUGGCGAUGGACUACUCGAGCCUGCGGGCUGCCGCUCUGCGCGACGGCGAAGACGAAGAAGCCGUCACUGUCGACACCCGCGCGCUGAUUGACAAGGUCCUGGCCCGUUAUUCAGGAGAAUGGACGACGCUGCGAGAGCUCAUCCAGAAUGCGGCCGAUGCGCAAGCCACGACUGUGUCUAUCAAGUGGGAGACGCAUCCGUCAACAAGCAUCCCUCUCCCCAGCGCUGCGAGCCGAUCCGACCUGUUGAAACAUACCAUAGCCAACCACACACUGCGCCGGCUGGUUGUCCAGAACAACGGCCAGCCGUUUACAAAGACAGACUGGGGCCGUCUGAAGAGGAUCGCAGAGGGAAACCCCGAUGAAACCAAGAUCGGCGCAUUCGGUGUCGGCUUCUACAGCGUCUUUGCCGACUGCGAGGAGCCGUUUGUGAGCUCUGGCAGCGAGGCCAUGGCCUUUUACUGGAAAGGAAACUCCCUUUUUACCAAAAAGUCACACCUGCCUGAGGAUAAAUCAUCGCCAUACACCGCAUUCGUGCUAGAUUAUAGAAAUACGACGACCCCCAUGCCGAAUCUGCUCUCCGUCAGCCAGUUUCUUGCUACAAGUCUUACCUUUGUUGCACUGGAGAAGAUUGAAUUUUGGAUCGAUGAUCAUCUAAUUCUGUCUCUCAACAAGAAGACAUCUCCAAAUGUUGACCUGACACUGCCUCGUGACCUCGAGGCCAGGACGAAGGACAACAUCAUGAAAGUGAUAAGCGUAGGUCGUACAAGCACACAAAUUGACGCAUCCUUUAUGAACGUAAUUGGAUGGAAGCCGCAAGCAGCAGCAGCAGCAAAAGCCACGGAUUCGUACGGCUCAAACGAGGCUCCCUCUCUGAGGUCCUUCUUUGCGAGGCUCACCACGACGGCCUCGAACACCAGCCUCCUUAAGACGAAACAGCAGGCAGAGGAGAGCCAAGCUCAGACAAAGAUUACAGAAGAUGUUACCGGAUUGAACUCGGCCACGAUAUUCCUCAGGGCUACCACAGCCAGCAUCAAGACACAUGUAUCAGCUUCCUUUUCAGCCGAGCUUGAGCGUGCAACCAAAAAGCCUCCACCCAAAACCACAAAGAUAUCCAUUCUCACUACAUCAUAUGACGAAGCUGAAGCUUCUCAGGGCUCGUCUCCGGAAAAUGGUGCCUUUGCCAAGGCUACAGACGUCUUCGCUUCCGUACUGCCCAACAAGAAACCCGGUGGUCGCAUCUUUAUUGGAUUCCCUACUAUGCAGACAACCGGUGCCGGAAUGCAUAUUUCUGCUCCCUCUGUGAUCCCAACUGUCGAAAGAGAGGCCAUCGACUUGAAUGCUCGCUGGGUCAGGACGUGGAAUGUCGAACUUCUCCGGGCGGCCGGUAUCAUAGCCAGGUUAGCCUUUGCUAACGAGAUGAGUGAGCUCGAUCGCAGAGUAAAGCAAUCAGUUGAAGCUGGCAAGAAGAUUUCUGCUGAAAUAGUUAACCGCUUCAUGCCUGAGGCGCUGCACACUCUAAGGACGUUCACCUUUGCCGACUCUACGCCAAGCAGCCAGGUCGGGCAGAUCAUCGAGGAGGCCUUCUGGACCUGUUUCAAGAAGGCCUCCAUCGAGGUGUAUUCAAGCCGAGGUGUCCUACAGACGUCGCAAGUUCGUUUGGGAUCAUCAGAAUUGAGCUCCUUUGUGGACAGCAUCCCAGUUGUGCCCAAGGAAAUGACGGAUUCGCCAUUCGUGAGGAAGCUGAUUGACUUUGGGCUCAUUUCACACAUCACCGUAACGGACGUCAAGGAAGAACUGGAAGCCAAGGCUCUCACAAAAACUCAAGCCAUCAACUUUAUAAAAUGGGCGGGCAAGAAGAGUUUGACUGGCGAGAUUGACCCAGGAAGCAGGGCCGCGCUUAUGGACGUUGCCGUUGCCACUCUGAGCGAUGAGAAUGACAAGGGCGAAAUCGUGGCCCUAGGCAGCAUAAGCAAUUACCUUUUUCUCUCAAAGAUUCCUGCCAAUAUGCCAGUCCCUCCAACAACCGUUCCAUAUGCUCUCAUAGUCAACAUCAGUGCUUCUGAGCUGGAAGCUCUUGGAUGGGAGCCCUUGGAGGUUAUCCCAUGGCUGCGCUUUCUCAUCGAGACCACGGCAUCCAGGUCGGAAGAAGAGAGUGUCACUAGAUCGCCCAAAUUUGCCGUCGCCGUGCUUACAGUCUUGUCCAAAAACUGGGAAAGCAUGACCAUGAUUAACAGGGGCACAAUGCUGAGUCUCAUCAAGUCCACUCCGAUGAUGCCGACCAAGUUGGGGAUGAGAAAGCCUGAAGAAUCCUUCUUUGCCUCUGUCAAGCUCUUCGAUGACUUGCCAGUCAUCCAAGGUUGCGAAAAGAUUAAAGAAAAGUUCCUGACAGCUCUUGGCGUUCGAAAGACGGUUGACCUGGAGACUAUCUUUGCUCGUCUGGUCAAUGUUUCCGGUGAAGAUGGCCAGAAGAAGUGGAGUCACAUGGAGCUCAUUAAAUACUUGGCCUCUGUUCAGAAUGAUAUCCCCUCGGACGACCUCCGGAAAUUGAGAGAAUCUAGAAUUUGUCCUGCCGAAGCAGGGCCAAAAGGCAUGGAGCCUACAAAGGCCACGACGAAGCUGUACAAGGUCUCGGAACUGUUUGAGCCCAAGGACUCCCUCCGGACUCUCCAGCUGCCAAUCAUUCAGUGGCCGGGACCUCCUGGUAGCUUUCGAGCGAGCAGCCCUGAAGCCCGAUUCCUUGUUGUCCUUGGUUUGCGGACUUUCCCUUCUGUUCCAGAGCUGGUGGACAUGAUGUCGUCGAGUGAUCAGGCGUUGAGGGCCUCGGCAAUGACUUACUUUAUUGCCAAUCACCAUUCGAAUCGAUAUGCUGCCUUUGACCUGAGCGACUGCCGCAAAGCCAUCCUGCCGCUUCAGGGAAGCACCAAGCUGGUGACACCAGCUGCAUGCUUCACCAACGAGAAAGCGGCGGUGCUUGGGUUUGAUAUCUUGAAUCGUGACCUUCACGAUCACGCCAAUAAAUUUGGCGUUGCUAGGGAUCCGCCCAUGGCUGAGUGUGUUAAUCGUCUGCUGGCCAGCCCUCCACAGAGCCAACAAUCUGCCGUGACCCUCUUUGUCUAUUUUGCCACUCGCAUCGGUGAGCUUGGAGAAAGCAGCUUAGUUAAGCUUCGAAAUGCUCCAAUUGUUCCCGUGAAGCGGUCAAGCCCUUCUUCCGCUUCGGAAAAGUUGAGCGCAAAGCUGGCUUAUAUCAGUCCGUCGCAGGCAUACGUAGGGACGUCAUCAACAUAUGGAGAUAUCUUUGAUUUUGUAGACUUUGGUCAAGAUGGAAACCUAUUCCUCCUCAAAUGUGGUGCAAAGAAUGAACCGACCAAAGUGGAAGUUGCAUACAUGGCGUGCAAUGAACCGGCAAGGCUUCUCAGUGUGCUCCAGAGUCCCGAGAAAUACUUGGAUCUGCUCAAAUCUUUAGCCGAGGCUACUUCAACUCUCCAGCGCGAUAAGGAGCUUUGGCGCAAGAUGAAAAGCUCGCCGUGUCUCCUCGCAUAUAAGGAACUGGUAGCGCCUUCCAAGGGCAAUGCUAAUGCCAAUGAUUUGGAUGAGGAUGAAGCGCCGAUCAAGCAGUAUCAGCUUGCUUCUGCCAGCCAAAUCGUUGUUCUGGACGACAUCAUCAGCUACCGCCUCUUCAAAGAGCAUUUGAUAUGCGCCCCUGAAGAAGAUGUUCUCGAGACCUUUUAUCUGAGACUUGGUGCGUCGAGGCUAAGCGGCAUAGUCCAAGAGGAUGUGCGCAUUGGCUCCCAUACGACACGGCAGCAGCUGGCCGAAUCGCUUAAGAAGCAUGUUCUCGAACGAUCCAAGAUCUUCCUUUACGAGUAUGCAAACUACCGCCGAGAUGCCAUCAAGCACGACGCAAAGUGGCUCGAGAAGAACCUGACGGUAGAAGUGGUUCGAUCAGUGGCGCUCCGACGAACGCUGCAGGGCCAGAGGCAGUCGCACACAGAGAGACGCUCUGCGGCUGCGUCAUAUAACAACAGGUCAUGGACUUUGUACGUGGCUGAUGAAGGCAAGCCGGACAUGUACCAGGUCGGCCAAGCGAUAUGUCAAAUGUUGCUUGACAGGCCUAACCAGCAGGCAUAUCUAUUCUUCGAACCGUUCCUUACUCUGGACCUCCUUGGUCUGAGAUCGCGUGGAUACAACGUCGACCGAAUCCUUCGAGCAAAGGCCGCAGAGGCGAGGAUUGCAGAGGAAGAAAGGCGCAAGGCGUUGGAAGAGGAGCAAAGACAAAUUCGGGAAAGGGAGCAAAACUGGGCUCAGUCACAGGCAGAGCAUUCCAAGUCUCAACAGCUCCCACAGGCAGCUGAGGCUGCGCGGGAAGCCCCCAAAUCUCCACAAUCUUCGCAUCCUUCCAUGCCUGGCUCAUGGGACUCGCCCGAGGAGAAUGCGCAGGAUAAAACUGCAAACAAUAGAAAGAGCAGGGGUUUGUUUUCGAACCUCAGCCGCCGAUUUGGCUUUGAUACGCAGGAUGAUGAUAAGAAUGAAUCGCGGGGGCAGGUGGAGCAGUUUAUGGGCAACAACUCCAAUUCUACCAACCGAGGGCCUGACAAGUCUGGCGAUAAUGGAGGGUCGCAAAACGAUGAUGGCAAAGUGACCAACCCAGCUGUGGUUCAGCAGAAUCUCUUGAACGCGGUCAAUGCAACGCGGGCCCACGGUUCCGACAGUGUUUACUCAGAGCCUCACGUCUCCGAGGUCAAAGAACAGGCGACAUACUGUGACAAGAAGCCAGCUCAAAACAUUACAUUUGUGGCAGAGGCUUCGAACGGUAUGAAGGUCUUUGUGGCCAGGGAUAUGGCGGCCAACGCGGCUGCAUUUUUGUCAGCAAAUCUGGCUGCGAUCAACUCUUUUGCAUCGCUGCUCGUCGAAGUGGGCAACGUCUACUCAUUGGCACCAAAGGUGCUUCACAUCUUUCACGACGAUGCCGGCGGAACGAUAGCAUUCAACACUGGAGGAAGUAUCUUUUGCAACUUCCGAUUCUUCCUCCAGCUGCACGCCGCCCAGAUAGAUGUUCCAAACGGAGCUGGCAAGGCUGAGGCAGGCACCUGGUGGUGGGUGGUGUUGGCCCACGAGCUGGCACACAACUUGGUUUCGCUACACAACUCUGACCACAGCUAUUAUACUGAAUCGUUUAUUCAGCAAUACAUGGGGAAGAUGAUGGCGAAGACGACGCAGUGGACUCAGGGAGCUCCUGCGCCGGCUCCAUCUGCCCGGCCUGCAUCGCAAACAGCUGCGGUGCCUUUAGAUCCUCCGCCGGCGUAUCGCCCGGUAUGAGGAGCAGCCAAUUCCGUGGUUGAUUAAUGUCAUGAUUGCAUCUGUGUGGCGUUUCAUUUCUGUUUCAUUUAUGUUUUUGCGAGGCGUUUGAUGAAUAGAUUGAACGAUAGAUGAUCAAAGAAGGGCUGGUCGCGAUGACAUGUCGGGAAGAGAAUCUCCUUAGAAAGGCCGUUGAUUUAGAGGAUUAGACUUUUAAUCUGAUGAUGUUUCUGGU